AUGCGACCAAGAGACUUGGUGGCGAAGCAAUGUGGCUUGGACGAAGAUGUGCUCGAAGAGUUGAAGCGACAUGGCUUUCCGCGUGAGUAUGCCAUCAAUUGCCUUCAGAACAACAAGCACAACAGCGUGACCACCACGUACUAUUUGCUUGCAGCUAAACGCCGCAGGAUGAUGGAGCAUUUGCAGAUGGAGGAACGCAGCCGGGGAACUCAAAGCCGCUUCACCUGCCACACGGCCAGGGGCCUCCACUACGGACCAAAGGCCAGAGGCAGAACAACGCAGAGAGAGCAGUGGAGGUGUUGCUCAAGACACCACACAUAA